GAGGAGGAGGUUACCAUAGCGACCGUGCACACAGCAGCUAGGCGUCCCUCGUUGGUCCCCGGCUGGCCGGAGGGAAGAGGCGACACCAUGAGCCAUGUGGUGACUAUCGAGGAGCCCCAGGCCAACCCGCAGGUGUCUCAGACCCGGUGCGGGAUCAGGUCGGGGGCCUGGGGCAACGUCUCCUCCAAUCGACAAUAUGAUUUUCUGUACGAUCCAUUGUUUAUUGUGUCAAGUGAGAAAGACCACACGCAGGCAAAUAUCCAAGCUAACCUGAUUCGAAACAGACUGAGAAAAGUUCCCAGGUUUAGAAGCAUGUUCAGUAACCUGAUCCAUUAUCCAAGAUAUUCUCUGUAUUGGAGCAACGCAGACCCUGUCCCACCAUUCAUCCGCCGGGAAUGGAAAGGACAGGAGGAGAAACACAGAGAAGCCCUUGGGCAGCUUGCCAUAAUUGAUAAGUCUUUUCAGAUGGCUAAAGAGGCUUAUGAAGAUCCUGAAGUUACUGGAAGGAAUCGCUAUAAAUAUUUUGAAAGGCCUUUCCUUCCAUUUCAUCAACAGAUGCCAUUUAAUGUUGUUUUUGCAGCAACCAAGACAGAGGCAUAUAUUUUCCCUCCUACUUCUUCUGCUAAGUACCCUUCCGUACCUUCAAAGUACACUGUGGGUACUCAGACUGAUUAUCGGGAUGCUGAAGUUCAAACUGAUCCAUAUUCUCCAGAAUAUGUAGUAUGUCAGGAUUCAAUCCCUGAGCUCUUGACCCUGGCUACUCUUACUUGGGGUCGAGGGCUCCCAGCAGGACAAGCUGAGGUUGAGAUGAUAGAACGUGCCCGGGAGAAGCGUGCUUGGGAAGCCACUCUUCCCUGUCUGAGUGACACCUCCCAGUUUGAGAAGAGGAGGAGGAUGAUGAAUGCGAUGGAGAGGAAGGAGUGGGCCUUCAGAGAGCAGGAGAUUGAAAAACUGCAGGAGAUUCGCCUGGAAAUUCUAAAAAAGCUGCUGAGAAAGCGUGAUGAGAAUCAAAACGAAGUGAACAUGAAGCACCUGAAUGCCCGAUGGUGUCAAUUGCAGGAAGCAAAGGAGGCAAAAUUGGCACAGAUUCAGCACACACAUGUAUCAGCGAUCAGAAAACUUGUGGGAAAGGGAAAGAAUAUAGAAGGGAAGCUGGAGAGAAGGAAUAUCAUCAGGGAUUAUUGUGAUUAUGCAUCACAGGUCUAUGGACCUCUGUCUCGUCUUGGUCGUUUCCCUGACAACAAUUCAGAGGACUUUGUGGUAAAAAACCACUAUCUCAACACCUAUGAAGGAUUAGUUGAACUUGAGUCAUGUCUCCCAGAUUUUGUGACACAACCCCGAAUUAGACCUCCAAAGCCAAAAGUCACUACCACGAAAGCUGGUUUUCUCAAGAGGGCAGCAAGGAUGGACCAUGAGUUGGCAGAAGUUCAUAAGGCAAUAUUGGAUAAGAAGAAUAGAGUUCUUGAACCAAAGAAAGUUCUGCGCUUUCUUCAAAGAAAGGCUCUACCUCAACCUCGGCUUCCAACUCCAACCUUGGAAAUGAGUUCCAAUGAAGAAGAAGAUAUAGAGAUGGCUGUGAUCUACCUUCAAAAGUUACUCCGGGGAAGAGUCGUUCAGAACACGAUGUUUGAAGGGAAGGAGAAGCGACUGGAGUUGAUCCAGGAGCUGCGCACCAGCCACGCACUGCAAGAGGACGACAGGCUGCUGAAGAAAGCCGAGAAGCAGGUGACACUGGCCUUACAGCGGCAGAGGAACUUGCACGAGCACAAGGUCUCACUGGUUGAAAACCACUUGGCUGGACUGGAAGGAAGGGCGCUGGCGGACAUGUUUGACUUCCUGUCUAAAGAGCUUGUGAGACUGCAGGAAGAGAGGAGGAUCCAUGCUUUUGCCAUGCUGGCCGAGCGGCAGCGGAGGAUGCGAGAAGCUGAAGAGAGUGGUCGGCGCCAAGUCGAGCAAAGGCGCCUGCGGGAGGAGGACCAGAUAUUUAAGGAGGUGAUUAAAGUUCACCAAAGCACUGUAACUUCCUAUCUGGAAGACAUAAUACUGAAUACCGAAGAGAGCACGGCAGAAGAACAAGCCAGGGCAGAAAUUGAGAAGAUGGCUGAGGAAAUCAAUGACAUUGCUUAUGAAAUGGAGAUUCGUCGAACUCAGCUUCAGUCAGAGGAGAUUGUUGCUGAGUUAGUUUAUAGUUUCCUGAUCCCAGAGGUACAAAAGGACUUUGUCAAAGAAAAAGUGAGGAACGCCCAGUGGAAGCAUAUCCUUGCAGCCCAUCAGAUCAUCCACAGUCACACGGAAGACAUGGUCAACAAGAAUUUUGUGGCGCAACAGCAAGAUGAGGAGGUCUCGGACGCUGGCAAGUCACCUGAGGAAAAAACUCAAAAAUAAGAAUCGCAGCUAAGAUUAUCUUUUUUAAAAAGAAGCUAUACAAAUCAUCAUAUGGAAUUCCAAUAAUCUAUGCUUCUCCCAAGAUGUGCAGCUUUUAUGGACUUGUCAAUGUGUAAUUCAUGAGGAAAGAUCUUUCUUCUCCAUAAACUUCCAAUAAUUUAAAAUUAUUUUCAGUCAUAAUAAUCAAACAAAGGAGUUUAUUCUCUUCAGUGUUUCCCAGAUGCUUUACUUCAAGAGAAAAUUUUCUCAUGUCUCAUUUCAACAUUUUGUUAACUAAGAGGAUAUUCUGGCUUGCUGAAUCAAACAAAAAGAAAUGUUAUUGAAUAUUUCUUACGUAGUUUUGGCUUGAUAUCCAUAGUCCAUUGACCUUAUCUGCUAAGUUUGAAAGCAUGCAUACCCCAUGACCUGGCACUUCAUCUCCUAGAUAUAUAUGCAGGAGAAAUACAUGAGUGUGUGCACCAACAGGCAUGACAAGAAUGUCCACAGCAGUACUUUUCAUGAUAGCCCCUAAACUAGAAACCCAAACAUCCAUUGACAUUGGAAUAGAAAAACAAGCUGUGGUAUAUCCAUACAAUGGUCCAUCAACUUACCAUUGAGCUUUAGAUCUAAGAAGAAUAUUCAUGCAAUACCCAUAGAGAGGGUGCUGUUGGGGAACAAUCUGUCCGUCCUGUGUGUUGACAAACAUCACGAUCCCUCCUCAUUUAAAGAUUGGUAAAUAUGAAAAAAACAAAAGUCUCAACAACAAAUCUACAUGGGCCCCAUAUGCAUGUUACUCUGAAAACAGAAUAAAAGCCUAUCUUAGAAAAUAUCCUUCUCUAGGAAACAGGAAAAGCUUCAGAAGCUAUCUGCUUGAUGAUUUUAAUAGGAGGCAAAAAGAAAUGGCCUCUUAGGAAACUGCAGCAGAGAAUAAGAAGAGCAGACGCCAACAAACAGACGCAGGCUGAAAAGAAAAGAAAGCUGGCUAAGAUGAAAAAAAAAUACAAAAAGAUUAAAAAAUCCAGUGAAACACAUUUGGAUGCAGUUAAAAGAACAGAAAUAUCAAAGCAGAGAAUAAAAGAGGUGAUGUUGCUAACAAAUUUAUUGUCAUCCAGUAUGGUUUGGGAAGGAUAAGGAGAUGAAAAUGACAAAGAGGUUAGCUCUGGAUCACCAAUCCUAAAGCAAUAGGAACCAAAACAAAUAAAAAUAAAGUUAUAAUAAAAGAUUUUCUGAGCUGAAAAAAUACUUGAUCAUAUAAAUUUGAAAAGAUUUACCUUGUAUUAGGAAAACUGUGAUCAGGGUAACUUAUUUUCACCAGAGAAUCACUGACACACAGAUAAGUACUGCACAAGUAAGGAGGCAGUUGCGUUUUGUUUUGUUCCUCUAAAAAUGCUAACCUGGGGGCGCCUGGGUGGCUCAGUCAGUUAAGCAUUUGCCUUUGGCUCAGGUCCUGAUCCCAGCAUCCUGGGAUCAAGCCCCGCAUUGGGCUCCUUGCUUGGGGGAGUCUGCUUCUCCUUCUCCCGCUCCCUCUGCUUGUCUCUCUCUCUCGCUCCCUCUCUUUCUCUGUUAAAUAAAUAAAUAAAAUCUUUAAAAAAAUAAAAAUGCUAACCUGAAUGAGGUAAUAGUUAUUCACUUGUAAAAUAAAAAAUCAGUAACCCAAGACAAAAUGAGAAGCAGCAAAUUAGGCAUGAUGGGAUAGGAGAUGGGGGCGGGGUGGGGGGUUGCUAUACAAUAGCAGGCAACAGCUGACUUAUUCUGUAAAUAGCCAGAUAGUAACUAUUUUAGGUUUUUCUGGCCAGAUUCUGUUGCAAUUACUCAAUUCUGCCAUUAUAAGGGGAAAGUGGCAAUGGAUAACACAUAGAAGGAACAUGGCUGUGUUCCAAUAAAACUUUACAAAAACUAGCAGCAGCCAGAUUUGGCCCGUGAGCUGUAGUUGGCCCAUCCCUGCUGUAUAGCAAUGAACUAAAGUUAAAAUCAACACCUGAAAAAGUGUUUUUAAAGUGGCUUUUAAUAAAGAACAUAUCAUGAAACAGAAUAUUUUCUAAAACAGUAUUUAUCUUUAUGCAGUCUUCUAAAACUAAGAUUUGUAUUUAGACAAAAAGAAAAAUACAAGGUAUUACAGAAUUCUCAUUAGUUCAUUGAAGUUUACCAGGAGAGGAAAACUUUGUUUCUGUUACUAGGAACCUUCUCCUUAUAAUGGCUUUAGUUAAAACACCUGAACUUUAAUAACCUUUGCUCUUAAAAAUAAAACACCUUGGGUGAUAAACAAAACUCAUGUUUAAAGCCAUGUGAUCAUGGCAGCUGAAGCCAUGUAGUUGGCUGGGACUAGACUAGUAUAAUCAAUAGCAAUAUACAAUCGCAAUGAACUGAUUUGUAAGGUAGAAAACUUUUUUCAUGGAUGCAUAAUCAUAUAUAGUGAAUCCUUGUGCCACUUAACAAAGGCAUUGCCUCUUCCCAACAUGCUUAAGAACAGGCAAAGUAAAAUCCAAGGAAGAAGUGUGUAGUGUGAGUUAAGGAUCUCUUUGGGAUGAGAAACGUAAGCACAACAUUGUUAGAGAUUCCAAAGCCUUAAGUGCAGAACUCCUAGACAGACAGUUUAAAGUCUGAGUAUAUGUUGAUUCAAGGGAACCCUCAUCCCCCUCCUCAAUUCUGGACCAUGGUACCCACUUGGGAGUAGAGUUGCACCUACUAAGAUGACUUGGAGUACUUUUAUGCAGCAAGCUGCACAGAGAGGCUUACAGACCCAGUUACCAGUAGAAUGGAGAAUGCCUGCCGGCAUAUACGCACUUAGCACUGGCCUCCAACUGUGCUUACCACUUGUGGAGCAAAGGCCAGGCUAGCCCCUUAGCAGUGGAGUAGCAGGGAGGUUAAGAGAAUAUGCUCUGGAGCCAGUGGUCUGGAUCGAAAUCCCAGUCCAAUGACAGUGUGUCCUCAGACAAGUUACUUAAUCUCCUUAAGUUUUAGCUUCCUCAAAUCUAAAAUGGUAUAACCACAGAAUGGACAUCAUCAGGUUGGUAUGAAGAUGUAAUGAAUUAAUUCAUGUAAAAGGCUUAGGACAGCAGCUGCCAUAUGGUAAGCAUUCAGUAAGUACCAUUUAGCUGUUUUUAUUAUCACUAUGGGAUAGACGCAAAGGAUAUGGGUAGAGCAAAGUAACUACAUCUGCUACACAGAAUGUGGUUCAGUGGGUGUCAGAGGCUAACUGAUCAGAUGAAUUUCUCCAUUUCACUUGGGGAUGAGUAAGAGAGAGAGAGGAAUGAGUGCCCCAUGUUCUUUAGAAUCUUGAAGUGUUGAUGAUACUCACUCUCUACCAGACACCAGAGCAGUAGAAGGAAACCAUAAGUAUUGUGAAGAAGAAUUUCCCAGAAAACUUAACGAAAACCAUUGAAGGAGGCUUCUUUUAUUCCAGGUGUCAAAUGUUGAAAAAACUGGAAACAAAGGCUGUAAUAGUUCUUAACCACGGUUGCAUGCUAAAGUCAUUGAGUACUUUAAAAAAUUGGGUCUUGGGCCUCACCAGAUCCAGGCGAGGGUAUUUGUUUAAAGCUUCCCAAGUGAUCUAAUGUACAUUCACAAAUUUAGAAUAGGAGAAACCGGGGCGCCUGGGUGGCUCAGUCGGUUGGGCGGCUGCCUUCGGCUCAGGUCAUGAUCCCAGGGUCAUGGGAUCGAGUCCCACAUUGGGCUCCCCGCUCUGCGGGGAGCCUGCUUCUCAACCUCUCCCACUCCCCCUGCUUGUGUUCCCUCUCUCGCUGUGUCUCUCUCUGUCAAAUAAAUAAAUAAAAUCUUUAAAAAAAAAAAAAAAAGAAUAGGAGAAACCUUUCCCAAGGAAACUGUCCCUCCCCAAGUAUUUACCAUUCAGAAACUUACCAUGGGAGACGUGUCUUUAGUCCAGGCUUUAAUGAUAUUUUAUUUCUAAAGCCUCAAGGAUUCCAAAGACCAGGAAAAAAAUUGUGGGAGCAAACACAGAUACUGGGCACAAUCAUAGAACUGACUUCCUCUGCCAUUGCCCAUCUCACACUUGAUUGUAAUUGUCUGUGUAACCAUCUCUCUCACCAAUUGGACUGUUAGCUCUGAGGGGAGGGCAGGAGCUGUGCCUCCUGAGUACAUUUGUUUUUAUUCCUCGUGCCUGGCACAGUCUCUGGCACAUGGUAAUCUCUCAAUAAGUAUUUCUUGAAUGAAAUUCUACAUAAUGUUUGUAAAAGCAAAUACUUGUAUGAUUUUGAAGAACAUUUGUGAUGUCUUGGUAUUUUAUGGUAUGAAAUGAGUUUUUAAGAGUAAAAUUCUAAUUUAUAAUAUUCAUUUCUAGCAAAUAAAUGUUUAACUUGUUGUGAUUCAACUGGUGAAUGUUGUGAAGGAACCAAGUAAGUCUAUACUACAUCCCGAAGGGAGUUUUUCCCGCUUAUUCUGGACAAAUAACAUUAACAACUUAAAAAACCUCCAACAGAGGUUUUAGAGAAGAUGCAGAAAUGUUCUUCUCAAUAUUUUUAAUAAAGGUUAAAGGCAUCAUAUUAAAAUAGUACCAUAAAAUCGGCUUCUAAAGAAGAGGCCAGCAAUUCUCCUCCACUAAUAGGUAGGUAGGUAGGGAGGGAGGGAGGUAGGUAGGUAGGUAGGUAGGUAGGUAGGUAGGUAGGUAGAUGGAUAGACAGACAGACUAGACAAAAUUGUCAAAAACACCCAUUUUAGGGCACUAGAAAUCUAUCAGAGAUGGCCAACACAUUGAAAACCUGCUAAAGAUUCAGGUAAGAACAGCUCAGGUCUACUCUCCCCGCAGCCCCCAUGCAGCUCAGUCUGCAAGAAUGGCAGUCUUCCAGUCCAGCAGCUUUGCUGCCAGAGAGGAAAGACUUGAUUUAGGGUGGGGAGAUGGAGAGAAAUCUUAUGACAUUGUAGGCUAAAGGUAGCACCUUCUUCUCAGUAGCUGAUAGAAAAAUUAAAUAAGUACAGUUUUAGAUGAUUUGAACAACACUACUCACUGCCUUGACCUAAUGCUAAUCAGAACACUACAUCUAACUACCACAGGAUAUGCAUUCUUCUCAAGUGUACCUAGGACAUUUGCUGAGAUAGGCCAUAUCCUGUGCCAUAAAACAAGUCUCAAUAAAUUUCAAAGAACUGAAAUCUUAUGAAAUAUAUUCUCUGGACACAAAUAAUUGAAUUAGGAAUCAAAAGUAAAAAAUAAGGUUAGAAAAUUCCCAAACAUUUGGACAUUAAACAAUAUAUUUCUAAAUAAACUUUGGAUCAAAUAAGAAAUCACAAUGGAAGUUAGAAAAUACUUUGACCUGAAUGAUUAAGAAAAUACAAUUUUGAAAUUUAUGGGAUGCAGCUAAAGCAGUGCUUAGAGAGAAAUAAUUUUAUAUACUCCUGAGAAAAGAGGUUUAAAACCAAGUGAGUUUCCAAAAUAGGAAAGAUACAAAAAGAAAAAGUAAACCCAAAGUUAAGUAGUAAGGUGGAUAUUUUAAGAACAGAAAUCAAUGAACAGAAGACUUACAAACAACAGAGAUAACAAAGCCAAAAUUUAGUUCUUUGAAAAGAUUAAUAAAAUUAAUUCCUAGCAAAAUUAGUUUAAAAAAGAAAACACAAAUUAUCAAUGUCAAAAUGAGAAGGGCUAUCACCCCAAUGAAAGAAGGUACGUCACUACAGAUCCUACAGGCAUUAAAAGACGAAUAAGGGAAUAUUUGGAAAAUUUAUAACAAUAAAUUUGAUAGCUUACAUGAAAUGGACAAAGUCCUUGAAACACAGAAUUUACCAAAACAGAUAUAAUAAAAUACAAUAUCUGAAUAGCUCAUUACCUUUUAAAUUGUUUAUCAAAAGAUUUUCCCUCAAAGAAACAUUCAGGACCAGAUGGUUUCAGUGGUGAAUUAAUAAAUCAAUCAAAUAAAUUCAAUCCCAUAAAUUCAUCAAACAUUUAAGGAUACUGAUACAAAUUUUAUACAAACUCAGAAAAUAAAGAGGAAACACCUCCCAUCACACUUUAAGAGGCCAGUAAAAUCAUGAUACCAAAACCUAACAAAGAUAAGAAAAUAAGGUUAAAGAUUUAUAUCCCUCAUGAAUAUAGAUGCUAAAAGUCAUUAACAAAAUGUUACCAAAUCAAAUCCAGCACUACACAAAUGAAAUAAAAACCAGGACAAUACAUCAGGACCAGUAGAUUUAUUCCAAAGAUGUAAAGUUGGUUCAACAUUCAAAAAUCAAUAUCAUUCACCAUAUUAAUAGAAAAAAAGAUAAAAGCAUUAUGAUCUUAAUAAUUGAAGAAAAAAUUCAAAUUCUACACUCAUUUAGGAUUAGAAAUUCUCAAAAAACUAGGAAUAGAAAGGAACUUCUUCAAUCUAACAAAAGAAUCCAUACAAAAUCCUACAGCUAGCAUAAUAGCCAAUGGUGAAAUACUGAAUGCCACCCACCUCAAAACUGGUAACAAAGCAAGGAUAUCCACCCCACCUUCCUAUUCAAUAUUGCUUCUAAUUGGUGCAAUAAAGUAAGGGGGAAAAAGCAUAAAGACUGGAAAGGAACAAGUAAAACUAAAAACAUUUUGCAGAAAACAUAAUUAUUUACACAGAACAACCUAAGAAACACUAAAGAACAACUACUAGACUUAUUUAACAAAGUUAAAGGACACAGGACAAUAUACAGAAAAAUACGUAUUUCUAUAUACUAGCAACAAUUGGAAGAUGCAAAGAAAAAUUAAAUUCUAUUUACAGGAGCGCCUGGGUGGCGUUAGGUUAAGUUAGGUUAGGUUAAGUGUUAGGUUAGGUUAAGUGUCUGCCUUCAGCUCAGGUCAUGAUCCUAGGGUCCUGGGAUUGAGCCCCCCAUCAGGCUCUCUGCUCAGUGGGAAGCCUGCUUUUCCCUCUCCAACUCCCCCUGCUUGUGUUCCCUCUCUUGCUGUCUCUCUGUCAAAUAAAUAAAUAAAAUCUUUUAAAAAAUUCUAUUUCAGUAGUAUCAAAAGACCUAAAUGCUUAAAACUUAAUAAAUUUAACAAAAGACAUAGAAGACCUCUGCACUGAAAACUACAAAAUACCAUGAAAAAAAUUAAUGACCUAAAUGAAGAGAUAUACAAUGUUUGUGAACUAGAACACACAUUAUUAUUAUGAUGUUGACUCUCCCCAUAUAGAUCUAUAGAUUCAAUGCAAUCAUCAACAACACAGGCAUUUUAACUUUGAUAAGUUGAUUUUAAAAUUUACAUGGUAAACUAAAGGACUACGAAAAAGCCAAAACAAUUGUGAGCAAAGUUUAAUGGUUCAUGCUACCUGAUAUCAAAACUUGCUCUAAAGCUGAUUCCAGGAAUUGCUAUAAAGACAGCAUAAUGUUAGCAUAAGGAUAGGUAAAUAGAUAAAUGUUACAGAAUAUGGGGUCUAGAUAUAGGCCCAUACAUUUACAGUUAAUUGAUUUUUGACUAAGCUGGCAAAGCUAUGUAAUGGGGAAAGGAAAGUCUCUUCAACAA